CUGCGGAAGUCUUGACCUUCUGCACCUCGUCCGGCCAGCUCCCUCCUCGCCUCAAAGACCAUGUCUGCUUACGUCAAGGGCAAGGGCCUCGGCCAGGAGGAGGCGCGGGUGCACCGCAUCCGCAUCACCCUCACCUCCAAGAACGUCAAGAACCUCGAGAAGGUUUGCGCGGACCUCAAGAAGGGCGCGGUCGAGAAGAAGCUGAAGGUGUCCGGACCCGUGCGCCUGCCCACCAAGAAGCUCAAGAUCGUGACCCGCAAGUCGCCCUGCGGAGAGGGAACCAACACUUGGGACCGGUUCGAGAUGCGCAUCCACAAGCGCAUCCUGGACCUGCACUCUCCCUCCGAGAUCGUGAAGGAGAUCACGUCCAUCUCCAUCGAGCCCGGAGUGGAGGUCGAGGUCACCAUCGCCGACGCCGCGUUCUAACCUGCCUGUAGCUGAUCGAUGCGCUUUGCGUCAGACAGUUCGUUGUCUUGGCUGAUUAGAUUGUCCCAGUAGGGCCGUUCUCAAAGAAUGUUCUCUAUGUGGUAUACUAGACACGGCGAAGGUUGGGGAGAGUUCGGUAUCGAGCGACGCUGGUCCUGAUAUACCGAACGCUGGUGGUGGGUCCUAUUAAGACAAGACAGGAAAGCAUGACUUGCUUGUGUUUCGUCGAUGGCAGCGUGUGACUGCUCUCAACGGGAGACGAUAUUUUUUUGCUUCGUUCUGGCGGGGCGGGACAGGCCUUGGUAUACUGCUGCUGUUGUCCCCACGCACGUCGCGUGUCGGUACCUUGGAUUAUCGCCGACUCGAUUCAGGCCGCGGCGUGGCAGCCGAUGGUGUUGCUGUUUGCAGGCACGUGCGGUUUUCCCUACAUUUUGGUGCAGACAUUGACGGACACAACAAACAACGUUGAAGCCGGCCUUCCUC